UCGAAACCAGGUUACGUCACAGUUUCAUUAUAACGGCAAGGUUUACAAAUAGAUCUAGGUCUAAGAUAGAUCUAGAUCUGAUCUAUUUUUCGAUAGAUCUGCCGCUUGCUUAAAACUGUAUGGACUAUGGAUUCCUCGCAAACGUCUGUUUCUCAAUCACCUAGUCUUUGUUCAACCUCGUCACCCCCAAAAGAUAAUGUAUCCGAUUCUUCCAGCAAAGAGAAGAAGAUAUUGCCUGGACGUAGGCAGCAGAGACAUUCUACCGAAAUCGGCUCUGAGUACCAUAGGUGGUGGGUAGUUCGGAACGCUUUAGGUUUUGAAACAAACGAACACAUAGCCGGCUUACUUCUUGAUGGAUUUCACGGACUUCUGCACCAACUUGUGAAAAUGAGUGGAAUUGAAACAUACCAGCCUCAGGCACACAAGGCAUCAAAGGCGUAUGGGGAGCCACAGGAUAUUUUUAUGGACAAGCCACCGUCCUCCUUUCAGAGCCCAUUCUCUGCCUCUCCACCUGGUGUGAUAGAAGACAUGGAAGAGUUCAUUGAAUAUAAAGAUGCCAUUACUUACUACUGUGACAGAUUGUGGAAGGUCUAUGGGCAACAUGAAAACAGGCUACAGGAUCUGAAGAUAGAAAGUCAGCCGAUCCAAGACUUCCUGCUCAAGUUAUUGUCUUAUCUGAGAACUGCAAAAGGUAAAAGUUACUGCCUGGGUCACAAGAAAAAGAGGCUUAAAACUUCAAGUACAACAUCAAAAACAAUGGGAGACUUGGCCUCGGAGAAAAUUCCGACUUCCACUGUCUUACCAUCUUCAUCUGUCCCAGACAUUUCCCCAAAACAGACCUCCAGUCUCACAUUACUGUCCACUCCUAGCAGUCAGGGACUGAAUCACUCAGACUGGUUGCAAGGUCAGCUUGUACAAAGUCCACAAACGAAAACUUAUCAAUUAAAGUCUAUUUCUUUGAAGGAUAUUGAACCAGAUGUGGAACCUUCUCACCCAGGUGUCUUGGAAGAAAGUAAAGAGGCUGUUGUUAGUGACACCUGGAAUGCCCAAGAUACAGUUUCUAACGGAUCGGAAGAAAUUAUUUCUUGCUUAAACAGUUCAAAGGAGAAACAAAAUAAUUCUUUAAAUUUAAAAGAGGGGACGGUUAUAGGUUUCUUAAAAUUUAAGGAUAAAAAUUUGUGUACUAAAGAAGAUAGCAUGGACAAAUUGUUGACAAAUUGUGUUAGUGAAAAAGUGAAACAAAUGGAAGAACAAAAAAAUGAUCCCACAAAUAAAGUUAGUGAAGAUAAUAUUUGCCAAUUUAAUGAUUGGGAAAACAUUCAACCAGGUUAUAAUCAAAUUCCAUAUCAAACUUGUAAGUCAAACUUACUGAAGCGUCACAUGGAGAAUAUGUCUCCCGAUUCCUCAUGGAACUUGUCUGAUAAACAAAAGUCAGAAAAUGACUCAAAUGACUCAGAUUUAAGCAACUAUGAAGCCAUCGCUACAAGGCCUCAGUAUGACGACGAAUAUUUAAAGUCACUUCUGAACAAACCAUCAACACUAGAGUGUGAUAGCGAUAACACUCAAAAUCAGCAUCUUUGUCAACCUCAGAAUGACUCCAUGAACCUGAAUACAAGAAAAGUUAAUAGUAAAAAGCCAGAGGUUUUACAAGAUAAGUUCAUGGGGACAAACACAAGCUCUGAUAAAGAUGAGAAAAGCCGCCCUGCAGAUGAUGACUUGACUCUUAACAGCAAAAUGCCUUCUCUAGAUUAUCUCCCAGCUUUUUCUAUUGACUUACAGACUCAGACAGUCAGCAGUACAAAAGUGCAUCCCAAGACCAAAUUUUCAAAGUGCAACACUAAUGCAACAUCCUCUGUGGGGACAAAUACUUCUGAUAUCAAGUUGAAUUCUCAAGCCUCUAAGAGUCAGCUUUGUUUCAGCCUUAGUGUUGGUGAUCCAGGCUGCAAACCAAUCCAGAGUUGCAAGAGAAGAGAGAUCAAUAUACAUCCAGUAAUGCCUGGAUCUAAGGAUUCCUUGCAAGGGGCCUCACCCCCACUAGGCACUCCUGUCAUAUUCUAUCCUGCUCAUAGCUUUUCCUCAGCGGAUAGCUCCUUGGCAUCCCUGUCCAGUCUUGUUCAAAACAUUGUCUGUAAUUCUCAUGGUGCUAUCUUAAAGCCACUGACAUUAUCGCCAGUCACCACAUCGAGCACCUCUUUCAGCUCAGCCCCAACAUCUGCAGACAGCAGCUCUUUACACAGAUCUGUCUCUGCAGCCUUGCCAGUUUUAUCCAGCCAGCUCAAUUCAGGAAAGCCUACACUGGUCCCUUUUUACAUCAAUCAUGUUAACUCUUUUAGUGAGUUUGCUAAAUUCCAAAAUGUGCCAGUGGCACCAAGCCAUCGUCCUUUUAAUGCUUCUAUGCCUAAGCCAAUUAAACCAUAUAUGCCACCCUCACAGUUAAGACAGCAAAAGCCAUUUUCCCAGAUUCAUUCAACAGUUAUCACAGGCCAUAAAAAUACUUUGGUACCUGGCACAUUCUCUAGUUCAUCGCCUUUUCAGAACUACAUACCUUCAUCAGUACCUGAUCAUUUCACAAAUAUCUAUGAUGCCAACAAAUGCCAUGAUCAACAUGUAUUAAACUCAUCCUUGAUGUCACCCUAUGUUGAAACUCAAGUAAACCCACCAAAUCAUACCUUAAAUGCUUACAAUAAUAAUAUAUUUCUAGAUAAGCCUUUGCUAAAUCCAGUGACCAAAGCAUCCAUAUUUCAAAAUCAGCUAGUUUACUCUAGUCAUCACUAUGCAUCAGCCAGUCCUGAAACUCCAGUGCUAGCACCCACUGUAACUAACUUUAGAUCCUCUGAUGCAGAACAUUUUAAACCAGUUCCUAAACAGCCACAGAAAAAGAUUCUAACUUCCCUUUUGUCUAGUAGGAAAGUAGAUUACAAUGGUAGUUGUAUCACAAAACCAAAGGCCAGGAAUGCUUCUGUUGGCCAGACCAUCAAAGCUUCACCUCAUGAUAGUGGUCAUUCUUUGACAAAAUUGACAUCUCUUUCUACCAGUUGUGCUAAUAUAUCAGAGUCUGCACCUCAAACGGGGUGCACUCUGACUAAUAUAUCAGAGGCUGCACCUCAAGCGGGGUGCACUCUGACUACUCCGAUUUCAGUGUCAAGUGGAGCUAAAAAGCGGCGUGACAAAAGUCGCUCCAGGCGUCUGGUGUGCUCAACGUGUGACCUGCUGUUUUAUUCUGGCACUGAUCUUCUGGUUCACAGGUAUGAGCAGCACAGCCAUGUGUGUGGAGAAUGUGAUGGCAGGUUUCUCUCCGUAGCCAGGCUUAAACAGCAUAAAGAAUCAGAUCAUCCAUCUAUGAUGAGAUGCUCUCAUUGCCGAUUUCAUACGUUUAGCAAGCAAGGAUUACUAGAACAUCAAAGGCAGGAACAUGACAGUGAGAUGGAUCCAGCAGGAGGCAGUAAGACUGAACAUAAAGGCAACACGUCCCUUACAAGUAAUGAAACUGUUGACUCUCAUUCGAAACAAGGGCAGCAAGUGGAUAAUGACCAAAACCUAAGAGACAGUAAUCAGUCUAUAUCUCUUGAUACAAAGAAAUGUGAUGAAAACAUUUGUAAUCAAAACACAAUCUUCAAGCAUUCGAAGGCUUUGAAAGAUACAGACAAUCCUUUAGUUUCAAAGAGUGGAAUGCAGAGAAAUGAAAGUCUACCAGUAUUUCCAACAUUUAGUAAGGAAGUGGUUAAACAGACCUCUCCUAUUAGAUCAGUGAAUCCCAUGUAUUGCCAGGUAAGUCAACACUGUCACCUAGACUUAGUUCAUUCUGUAGACCAGCAGUGCUCCGAGUCGGAUGAGCCAAAGCUGAUCAUUGAUACUGACAUGUGCAACAGCUGUACAGAAACUGUGUGUGAACCUGCAAUUGAUUGUACAGAUACAUCAACCUUAUCACAAAACUCAAACAUAGUUAGUCCUGAAAAUUAUAGUUUUGGCAUGCCCAAAAGGAAGAUAUUCAAAAGGUUUUUGUCUCUAGCAGAGAGAAAAAAUCAAUGCAGAUUAAACAGGUUUAGGGGAGGUAAAGCCGAUGUAACUAAAAGGCAUUUAAGAAAUCACACCAGAACUAGCGAAGAAAUGAAAGAGAUAUUUAAUGACAAAAAUAUUAGCAAUCCAAUGCCAAAUGAACCAAUAGAUUUAUCUCUACCUAAUGCUUUAAGAGAAAAACUGGUUAUGAAAAUCAGCUUCGAAAAAAAUGCUAAUCAUGUGGGUGAUCAAAAAACUAGGAGUAUAAAUAAAUUGAAAAGAAAAAAACAUGACCAAGACUCACCUAUUAGUAAUGAUAGCAUCAAGUCUGAAGACAACAAGCCUAACAAUGAACAGUUUGAUGGUAAGUGUCAAGUGUCCACAUCUGGAAUAAGUUCCAGUAAUGACUUCCCAGCUGAUAAAGACUGCCCUAAAGUUACAAAUCAUAGACUUUUUGGAACUAAAUUGGUUGAUCAAGUACCUAUUGAUAUCCCAAUGGUUUCUCAGCCUGGGACUGAAUUUAUCAAAGAGACAUUGUCCCUAGGCCCACUUACCUUAGAACCACUGGCGAAAGAAGAAAAGUUUCUUUCUUUGCGUGACAGACAUGUUAUGAGCUCAUUGCCCCCAAAGAAAAGAAGAUUAAGGAAAUCUUCACGCACAACAAAGUAUGAUAGCACUCAAUUAGCUGAGAGUCAGACAAGAGAGCGCAGUGGCGAUAGAUUUAUUAACAAAAACUGUAAUAAUGCUCAAGAAAGCCUAGUUAAGCAGACAGCCCUGGAGAUAUCUGAAGAUUUUUUGGAAACAAGUUCUAUUAAUCGGCAUCUCUGUCCUGUGUCACGGUGUGGUGCCACUUUCUCACGAAAAUGGAAUCUUGAUGGGCACAUAAGCAAAGUUCAUACAAAGCUGUCCAAUAUAUCCUGUUCCUUACCAGGAUGUCCAAAGACAUUUUCUACUAAAAGAGAUCUACGGCAGCACAUAACCAUGGACCAUAAAGGAAAAACCAGGAAAUAUAAAUGUAGUUGGCCUGAAUGUACUAAAAGUUUUUUUGCACGUACUCAUUUGCGUAUACACAACUUAACACACACUGGAGAAAAACCUGUUGCUUGUGACAUUUGUGACUAUAGGUGUCGUCAGCGAACAGCAUUAAUGUGGCACAUGAGAAAACAUGGGAUUAGUCAGAAAGAUCUUUAAUACUGAUGUGUGUAUUUAGAUUUUUUUGGUCUGACGAGAAUUUGUUAAAAAAAUGCUCCAUUUUAUUUUGCAUGUUGAUAUUUUAUGUUACCCUAUUUUAUUCCUCUUGCCAUAAAAAAAAACAACUAAUUAUACUUUUAGCCAUGUAUCAAUGAAUAUAUAACUUCUUUUAAAGUGUCUUCUUUUGUCAAACCCUAAAUUUGAGUUUUAACCCAUACUCUUUGAAAUACUGUAUAUCAUUCUAUAUUUCAUCUUUGCCAUACAAAUGUUUCUUGGUUGCUUUGACAAAAUAAUUGUCAUAACACAUGUACUAUUUUCUAUGUAUAGUAUCUUGUGUGAUAAUUGGAAUAAUGUCAACUGUUUUACACUGUUCAUUAUUGAGUAUUGAUUGCAUGUGCCUGACUAUAUUGUUGAUUAUUGCUGUUUUUAUUGUUUACAUUUUGACUUCACAUGAAAGGAAGUCUUGUGGAUUUUUAAGCAUGUUUUCAUUUAAUAAAUUAUUGAUACAUA